AACCUGACUUGGAGAUCCAAUUAGAAUCCACUUACCGUGUUGUUAGAAAUGGCUGCAGCAGUAGCACUAUCAAAAGAGCCUCCUAACGCUACGGAGAUCGAAUUUGAAUUAGACGAUUUUGGAAAGGAUGACCUCGAAGAAUAUGACUCUCGAAGAUCAGAGAGCAUGUCGUCUGAAAGACCGAGAGCAUUGUCUGUUUCUGAUGUUUUGAGUCAGCAUAUUAUGGAAAGGGAUGGCAUGGCUUCUCCGAUUAUCAGGGCUUUUACACGGAGUGCAAUUAACCGGUGGAGAGGUAACGCGGAAAAGAAGAUAACACGAAGAUUGAUGGAGGUGAAAGCUGAGCGUAAGAAGCGAGAUGCAGAAAGUAAAGAGCUUACCCGGCUUGUGGCUAGAACAGUUCCUUUGGAUGUUUUGGCCAGAGACUGGCUUAAUGACAACGAAAUUAGUUCGGAUGUGAGAGUGUAUUUGGUGGAAAACCUCAUGCCAACGUUGAUUUUAGGAGUGGAGAAACUGUUGAACGAGGUGGAAAAGAGAGAUUUGGCAGAUUCUGAGGGGUUCUGUCCAGACUUCAAUCCCAUAGAUUAUUUAGCUCAGUUUCUUAUGAGAAAUAAUCCCAGAUACAGUAACUUUGCUGAAGCCUCUCCCUACGCAAAGGGCCUGCGCAAAGUAGUGGAAGACCUCAAGAAGGAGGUUUUUUCUAUGGAAAAUAACAAACUUGCUAAACUCAAGGCUGAUGCCAAGAAGAGGCGCGAAGCAAGAGAAAAAGAGGAGAAUGAAAGGAACAGGGAAAAGCGACGGCGUUCUAUAGCAUUAGAGGAGCAAUUUCCUGAGUGGACGGCUGAUUGGAAUGGGGUUCUACCACUGUCAGUGGUUCAAAAUGUGCUGAAAUCUUUUGAAGAAGUAGCCACAAAUCUUCCAGAUGAAAUCAGGAAAGGUGCAGCCUUUCUUAUUCCUCUUGAAACAACAGAUUCCACUGACAAGAUGGUGAAUCUUCAGCAAUUUAAAGAAUAUGUUCGUCCAUAUGCUGGCAAUUUGUCUAAGGAAGCUUUCAAUGCAUUUAUUGAACACUUAACUCGCUGUGCUGCACACUACAGAAUUGCAACUGUGAAAGAAGCCAUGAGACUUACUUUGAGGAACCUUUUCUUGAGCUGUGACAUGAAGAAUUCUGGUCAUGUGGACAGAAAGCGUAUUUUGGAUAUCAUGAGCUCAUUUUACGAUAAUGCCGUUGAAGCUGUUAGGUCUUCUUUACAAAAUCCAAGGAAAUGGCCAGUUUUAGAAAUAGAAGAAACCACAGAUGAAGAUGAAGAUGAAGAGCUGAAGGGCAAACAAGACACUGGAACAGGAACAGAUGAUCAACCCAAAAUACAAGUAGAACAAGCAGACCCUGAAGAAAUCUUACCCAAGGACGAUGCCAAUGAACCAGAACAAGUGUCAGAGGAACCAAAAGAAGGAGAGAAAGAAAAGUUAGAAGAAACUCCUGCAGAAGAAGACACUGCCCAGAAACCAACAGAAGAAGAUGAAAAACCUCAAGAGGCUGAGGAGGGAGAGGAGCAAACCAUUGAAAAAGCUAAGGAACAAACUGGUGAUGGAAAUGGUGAUGAACAGAUAGAAGGUGAGGAAGAUGAUAAUCAAGACAAAUUACAAGACAAUGCUGUUGAAAAAGAGAACAUAAAGGAAAAAUUGUUAGAUAACGAAGAAGAAGACAGAAAGCUGCUGGAAUCAAUCCCAGAUGAAAUUGAUGAUCAGAUGUCAGAUCAGGAAGACACAGAAACAUCAGCCAGCACACUACCAAGACCCAGGUCUGCUACUGAAGGAUCAGCAUUUGAUGAAAACUCACUUAAUCAGCCACAGUUUAUACAUUUGCUGGAAAAGUUUCUUGGAAAUACCCCUAUCAAGCAAGUGUUCGAUGAUCUCGUCCGGUUUGUAAGAGCCAGCUAUGUGGAAACAGAUGAUGAAAGAAUGGCAAGAAUAAACAAGGCUCGUUUAGAGGCACGUUCAGCUAAGAGGCGUCGGCAGGUGGAUCAGCUUUAUGAGUUGUGGGACGUGAACGCCUCUGGGUAUCUGGAACUGGAUGAAAUUCAAGUUGUGUUGAACAAAUGGCGCGUGGAUGGAAUUGACAACUUCAAGCAAGCGGUCUUUCGAGGAGCGUAGGCGGGGUGAUGCACGGAAAAGAUGGAUGACCAUGAUUGAUGCCGCUGCUCAGACUGGCGGAGCGCAACUCGAUCCGGUCUAUCGUGCGGUGUACCAUGUACUCUUCAAAGACGCGGAUGAGCAUGGAAAAGGGAAAAUAUUGAGUUCUUCAGUGAGUAUGCUUGAAAACAACGACGACCCGAGCCAAAUGCACCGCGGUGAGACAAUUUUACGAUACAUGUCCAGCACAGUGGAUGACAUUCCAUACGUUGUGGGCAAAGUUUUGUAUAGAGACAUGAAGACAGUUUCUUGGGCUGCAGUGGACUCUGGGAAGCCUAUCCACGUCCCUAAGGUGUCAACUCACUCUGGAGUGACGAUGUGGAAUCCUACCCGGAGAGAAGAGGGAGGAGACGGUUCGUUUAUUGCACUGCCACUAAAGGAUCAUGAACGGCGAGUGAUCGGUAUCCUGGGUAUAGACACCUUAGCGGACCCUCAUAAACCAGUAUUCAUCACACAUGAGAUCAGCUUCUUCCAAGGUGUAGCCAAAGCCUUGAGUCAGGCCAUACAGUUUGUUGAUAUUCGUCGGAAAACACUCAGAGUUGCCGAGUCAGCAGUGUCUUGGAUCUUGCGACGGAGUCCUAAUGUGCAGAAUGUCAAUGUUUACUUAGUGGAACCCGGAUUAAAGCCAUCUGACGGUUUGGUCCUCCGCCGAAUGAGGACGCUGGCCCAUAACGGGUUCAGCCAGCACUAUACAAGUCCGCCAAGGCUGGACAGAAGAGAUAACCUGUUCAGGGACUAUUUGUUUAAAUGUGUGGAGAGCUCAGAGACCAUCACUGCAGACGCGUAUGGAGAGCGUCACAUGGCUUUUCCCCUCAGAGAUGGGGAAGGGAGAGCUGUUGCCGUAGUUGACAUAAGUAUCGGUGAACUUAGAGCACUUCCACCGCACGAGAACAAGGAAAUACAACGCAUGCUCAAACUGCUGGCCAAGGCACACAGGGAGGUGGCUCGAGAAAUCACCAGUGGAGCGGCAGAGAAACACAUCGUGUUGGAGGUGGAAAAAGAGUACGAGGACGCCCGUAUUGAUGUUUUGUUUGACCGACUGAUGCUGUUGGACCUGAGAGAGAACGUGGGAAGACUGGACGCCAGGGCUUUCGCCGAGAUCAAGAGCUACAAGGAUCCGCCCAAAGUGAUUCACGAUAUUCUGAAGGCAGUUUUAGGCAUCUUCCAUCCGGAUUUGGAGAAGCAGGACAAGUUUAACGAGUGGAGCAUGUGCAAACAAAUGGUCAACCCAGAUCUAGUUCGUCUGAUUACAUCCUACGAUCCUACAGCGAGGGCAAACACUGUUAGCGUGGAUGCGAAAUCUUUAGCUGGAAAACUACAGGAUGUGCCUCAAGGUGCUGUGGCAAAGCACGGUUCAUUACCAGCUCAGUAUCUGUUCAAUUGGGCUUUCGUUUGCUUGUCUCUGAUUGAACACACGGAGAAGAUGUGCGAAACACGUCCGGGAAAAGUUGUGAGCCCGCAGGCCAAGAGCGAAGUGGUCACCGAUGUCGGAAAGGGAAGGCCCUCGCCCCAGGACACAUGGACGCGUUCGGAAACGACCGAGUAAUUUUCUCUUGAUGAAUCUAGAUAGUAAUGUUUUAGGGUUAAAAGUCCAUCAUACAUUUACUACGUAAAGGUAUUCUAACUGAAUACAAUCGAGAAUAGAGAAGAUAUACAAUGAUUACGAGUGUAGAACUUGGAAAUUAGACGUAAUUUCUUUUUAAGCUCCAUAAACGGUUGCAUGAUCUUAGAUUCCAAGCUUUCAUUUUGAGCAGCGCUGCCUUAACGGAGAGAGCUGUGGAGAAAGUUAACAGGUCUGACUUAGAGUUCCUACAAGGAAGUUUACUUCAUUUUUGCAAAAUUUGUUCUCGUUCACGGUUAGUGAUGAACUGGCAAUGGGCGACAGUUAGAUCACAACAACAACAACAAGAAUAACGAGAUCGGCGACAAAAACAACAGCAACAAAAAGAAAAAUAACUAUUACAGCAAUAAACAACGACUAAAACAAAAAGAAAUGGGAAAAAGGACUAUUGAGCUUUUUUUCGUAUGGAAAACGUAUACUUAGUCUUGUUAAUUAAAAAAAAUUCUCCCGUAGCAGACGGCUAAGUUUGUGGUUGAUACUCAAACAGCUUUCGCCCGUACGUCCUUUACUUGAUUCCCUUUUGCCAUUGCUCUAGAACUAUUUAUUUUAAAGGAGAGUACAUUUAUCAAGUUUUGUACAUACUAUAUAUGUAUAUAUAUUUUUUAGCUAUCACAGACAGUUUUUAUUUCUGUCCAUUUUUGUAUCAAGAGCUUGUUUAGUGUGGAACGAGCAACUAUUUUUCUAGGGAGUUUAAUGUUUGUAAAAUUUUAAAGACUUUUUCACGCGUGUUGAUGCACGGUUUGACCAAGGUGCGAGUUUCCAAAUAAAAAUGAUUUAAAAUGA